AUGUCCUCCUUAGUCGCAGGCCCCAGCACCGUCGCUCCGUCAUCCGACGACGACAUCACAAUGUUAGACUCCACCAGCGCCCCUCUACCCCCUUCCACCAACACCAUCGACGUGGAUGCUGAAGCCUCCGAUGGAAACGAAGAAGAAUAUGAAAUCGAGAGUAUCGUCUCCCAUUCCGAUUCCACCAUCGAUGGUCAACUAUCCUAUUUCGUUAAAUGGAAAGGUUAUCCCGAUACCGAGAAUUCUUGGGUGUUUGAAAGUGAUAUGGGUGGAGCCCAAGAGAUGAUUCAGGAGUAUUGGGCAAAGGUUCCUAAGAAGGGUGUUAAGAGAAUGGGCAAUAAGCGUGGGAAGAAGGGUAAAAGACAAUCUUCUGUUGGUGUGGGAAGUUCUAGUACUCCGUCCAAGACUGCUACCGGAGUUGCUCGAAGGAAGAGAACCAGGAGGGAGAGCAGUCUUGUCAACGGCGGCGAUGCGCCCAAACGCACUCGAAAAGGAGCUGAAUUGUCUCAUUCCCGUUCCCCUACCCCGGAUGACGCCUUGAUUGACGUAGAGAGUGAUCCUGCACUCCAACGUAUCCGAUCCGACCUCACCCUAACCAACGACCAGCGCCAACUACUCGAACAACAACAUCUCCACGCGAUCAAACUCGACCGCCUUCGAAAGCGUUACGCUCGAAUCCCAGACUGGGAUCCAAUAAUUAAAAAGAUCGAAGCGGUCGAAAGGAUGAGCGACAACAAGUUGCGGGUGUUUGUACACUUUGAGAGUGGAGAUAGGUUGGCGUUUGAAAGUGUUGUAGCGCAUCAUAGGUGUCCGUUGAAGCUGUUGGCCUUUUAUGAGGCUAACUUGAGGUUUAAGAGGAAUGAGGAGGGUGGGAUGGGGGGUAGAGUGGAGAUGUUGAGAGGGGAAGAGGAGUUGGGGGAACUAGAGGAGUAUAAUCGGGUGCUGGCGGCGGCGGAGGCGGCGGCGGAGGCGGCGGUGGAGGCGGAGGCAGCGGUGGAGGCGGAGGCAGCGGUGGAGGCGGAGGCAGCGGUGGAGGCGGAGGCAGCGGUGGAGGCGGAGGCAGCGGUGGAGGCGGAGGCAGCGGCGGAGGCGGAGGCAGCGGCGGAGGGAGAGGGAGAGGGGCUGAAUAGGGGUGCGGUGGGAGAAGGGGAGGGGGUGGAGACGCAAGUUACAGCACAAGAAAAAGUAGAAAAGGUAGCAGAGGAAGGGGAAGGGGAAGGGGAAGGGGAGGGAGUGGUAGCAGCAGUUGCAGCCGCCGUUACUGAAAACGCCGAUGGUGAUGCGGCAGAGGAAGCUGGAGAAGGAGAGGGAAACGCAGCUGCAACCACAAUCAUAACUGCCAUCGCGAACGGAGAGGAGCGAGUGUCUGAAACUCAAACGUCCGCCAUUACCGCAGACAACAUUCCAGAGGAGAGCAGUUAA